AUGGCUAAGCUAUUUGGAGGGAAAGAUCCAUUUGACCACCCGUUCUUCACCCAGCCAUUUGGCAGUUUGUUUGGUGGGAAUAAUCCAUUUGAUGAUCCUUUUUUCACACGCCCUUUUGAUCAACAGCCUGGGUCACGGCAAAUUACCAUUGAGGAAUUGGACCCUGAUGGUGAUAGUGGAAAUGGUUUUCAGAACAAGGACAUGUCAAAUAAAGAACUUGUUGUUCGGAACCCUACUGAUCAUGCAAGUGGUACCCAGAGCCUUAGUUAUCAGAGUGUAGCAUAUGGAGGUACGGAUGGAGUCUAUUACAGUUCCUCUAUUGGCAAAAUGACUGGUGGUGAUGGGGUGGUUUUAAUGGAGAUGAAAGAAGAAGAUAAGAUAGUUGGAGAAUCACUUCACACAUUGUCCAAAGGAAUCCAUGAUAAGGGUCGUUCUGUUACUACAAAACACUCUUCAGAUGGUAGAGUGGAUUCACUACAGACUUUACACAAUCUGAAUGAAGAUGAGCUUGAUAAAUUUGAAGAAAAUUGGAAGAUCACUGCUGAGAAAAAAUUACCUGGAUGGAACGAUGGGUUCAAUUUACUUGAGAAUGCAGGGAGUGACAUCAGUGCAUGGAAUGAUUUCCCUAACUGGAGUGGUUGGGGUGGAUGGGCUCUUCCGUCACUAGAAUACUUUGGAAACGGUGGCGAAGCAGAACAAAAUGGCGAAUCCCAGGGGCAUUCUUCACGUGGAAGAUCCAGGAAAGUUGUCCCAGUCGAGUAA